GCCGUCCACUAGCUCUCCAUGCGUCGGGGAGGUAUCACUGAAUAAUAACGGACUUGCCGCUUCCAGCCAUCCACUCGCAGAUAUACCUUUUUAGUAGCUUAAGGGUGUGAACAUUUCGACGUUCACUGCUCGGUCUUUUAAACUAGGCUACUGUAUUCGAUUAAUAUCGGGGUGGUUUCGCUCAGCAGCUCCUUGCUUGGAUAACCUUAUCGCUGUGCUGUGUGGAUGCUCUGGAUAACGGGUCUCCCUACCAUUCCGAUCAGAGCUGUCUUGGAAAUGAAAAUUACUUGUUCUAUGUGAACUUGCUCUAAACACCUCCUGCUGUGUGCUGUUGGACUCAAACAAGCUGCACCUGAACCUGGGGAAAUGAUUGACUGGACAGGCAGUGAAUGCUAGACGCACAAGUCACUGACCUCACACUGUCAACCGCAGAAGAGCAGCUGGAUGCAGUUACUCGGCCAUCGUUAAGCUGACAGGACCAUCCUGGAUUGUGGACCACCAUUUAACUACGGUGUUAUUGUUCAGCAGACGUGUCAUGGACAUACACAAGGAUUCCUCAUCUAUGUGAUUUUUGUCUGACCGAACAUUUUUUCUACAGAAUGCCAAGGCUUUCCCUUCAAAAUAUAAGGAACUAGUAUUCUGGUCAGCUUUUUUACUCUGAGAUGUUGUUGUUUUCCAACAGAGUGAAGAGGAGCCUGUAAUUGUGAUGAGGAAGACAGGGACUGUUUCUGUUCAUCAGAGGAACCCGGCAUUCAGCCUGUUAGAGCCACGAAAUCUCCAGGGGAGGAAAUAUUCUCAGACAUCACUUGGAAAUUGGAAUUUUCAAUAAGUUUUUCUCUGUUUUUCCCUUCCUUCCACCUCCCAGACAACUAAGUUUUUAAUCUACCACUACACCAUGUCUCUAUCGAAGUGGAGGAAGAUCAGGGCAUUUACUGUGUUUUCAUGCAUUGUAACUUUCACCACGUUCCUCUUCAGUUACACGUUGAGAGAUCCCUCUCUGUACUUCUUCAAAUACGCCAUCCGCAAGUCGGACAGCUUCUUCUCUAAGGGCCAGUGUGGCUGUCGACAGUGUAUGACCGAGCUGGAGGACGACCCCUGGUUCACUGAGAGGUUCAACCUGUCUGUCCAACCUCUGAUGUCUAGGAGGAACAGCCUGCUGACUGACGACACAUACCGCUGGUGGCAGUGGUUGCAGGCAGAGCAAGAGCCGGCCAACUUCAGCGAGGUGGUGGAGAAGUUGUUCCAGGUCAUCCCUGAUGCUGACCUUUACAUGGAUGCGGGCCCUGAGCGCUGUAGGACCUGUGCUGUGGUGGGGAACUCUGGGAACCUUAAGGGCUCCCGCUACGGAGCCCUCAUCGACUCCAGUGAUGUCGUCAUCAGAAUGAACAUGGCUCCUACCUCUGGCUAUGAGGAGGAUGUUGGGAGCCGGACCACCCAUCACGUCAUGUACCCAGAGAGCGCCAUAGAUCUGGACAACACCACCAGUCUUCUGCUCAUCCCCUUUAAGACUCUGGACCUUCAGUGGAUCACCAGCGCCUUGACUACAGGCUCCAUCAAACACACGUACAUUCCUGUCCAGUCCAGGAUUAAGGCAAACAAGAACAGGGUGUUGAUAUACAGCCCGACCUUCUUUAAAUAUGUCUAUGACGCAUGGCUGGAGAGUCAUGGCCGGUAUCCCUCCACUGGCUUCCUCAGCCUAUUGUUUUCCAUUCAUAUCUGUGAUAAGGUGAGUGUGUACGGGUUCGGAGCGGAUCAGUACGGGAACUGGCACCACUACUGGGAAGAGAAUCACCAGGGAGGCGCAUUCCGCCACACCGGGGUGCAUGAUGCUGACUAUGAGUACAACGUUACCCUGCUUCUGGCUGACAAACACAAGAUCAAGAUUUUCAAAGGCUUCUGAUGUCUGGAGAUGUUACUGGCCUGAGACCAUCAAGCCUCUUGAAUGACAUUCUGUCGACUCAGAGGUUAACCACUGGGCAUAAACUGGUUGAAUCAACAUUGUUUCAACGUAAUUUGUCAACGUAUUGUGACGUGGAAUCUGUGUAAAAUUCAUUGGAUUUGCAAAAAGUAAUCAACUGUUGUUUUGAGGGUGAAAUUUCAACCACAGGAUUUUGUCAUCAUUGUAACCAAUGUUCAACAUAGACAAAGCUUGUAUAAAAUAUGUUGAAUUUGUACCUUUUGAAACAAUGUCAGAUAUUCAAUGUUAUAUCCACUAUCAGGAAAAAAAAACUAUAGCUGGGCAGCACCUCCUUCUGGAAAAUUCUACAGCAAUCUAUAGCUAUUCCUUUGGUCUCCCAUCCUGGGUUUUAACCCAGCCCAACCCUGCUUAGCUUUGAUAUGUCACUGACAACACCCCCCCCCCCCCCCCAAACAAAACACUUUACUUUGUUCCCCCUUACUAGCUCUGACUUUGCUGAUAGCUACUUCAUUGAGGAUAAAUGUACUUACUCUGCCUGUGAUAUGUGGUUGUUCCACCUAGCUAUCUUAAGAUGAGUGCACUAACUAAGUCGCUCUGGAUAACAGCGUCUACUAAAUGACUAAAAUGUAAAAAUGUACAAGCUAAAUAGAUUCACUUUUGCUAUCGGAAGUCAUUCCAAGGGGUAGGUUUAACAAAGCAAAUUAAAUGGAACCAUACUUUAUUAUUCAUAUACCAUCAAUGAUGCUAUUUAGGCCUAUUGUUUCAAUUCAACCCAGGAUUCAACUAAAAAUAGACAAUACAUAUAGGCAUAGGGUUUAAAGCUUUGGUUGAUUUUAAAUGUAAUCUAAAAGUUAAUAAUGUACUGUAUAUGUUGGAUUCAUGUCUCCAUCUUAACCAAAAAUCUAAGUUAAAGAAUAGGACUAAAUCCAACUUCAUUUAAAUUCCAUUUACAGUUUGAUUUGAUUUUGUCCUAUUCUUUAAGUUUGAUUUUUGGUCGAGUUGGAGAAGUAAAUCCAACAUCUUGAUUACUAUUAGAUUUUUUUUUACUUUUUGGGGGGGUAUUUUGCCACCUCUUUCUCAUUCGAUCUUGUCUCAUCGCUGCAACUCCCCAAUGGACUCAGGAGGCGAAGUUCGAGUCAUGCGUCCUCUGAAACAUGACCCGCCAAACAGUGCUUCAUAACACCCAGUCGCUUAACCCGGAAGCCAGCCGCAUCCAUGUGUUGGAGGAAACACUGUUCAACUGACGACCGAGGUCAGCCUGCAAGCGCCCGGCCCGCCACAAGGAGUCGCUAGAGCCAGAUGAGCCAAGUAAAGCCCCACGGCCAAACCCUCCCUUAACCCGGACGACACUGGGCCAAUUAUGUGCCGCCCUAUGGGACUCCCAAUCAUGGUCGGUUGUGAUACAGCCUAGGAUCGAACCCAGGUCUGUAGUGAAGCCUCUAGCACUGCGAUGCAGUGCCUCAGACAGCAUAACAAUUAUUAAUGGAAUUAAAGCUCGACUAAGUCAGUGGGACAUAUUAAACUAUUCAAGCAGUAGAUUAAUCUUCUUUAAAUGCUGGUUAUUUGUUGUGUUAUCAACCAAACACAAUUCACUGUUACUUUUGUAAUACAGUAGCCUAAAGGUAAGGCUAACUUACAGACUAAUGGAACAGUAUUUAUUCAAAUGGGUAACACAUCCAUAGCCACAUUUUGACGCUAAUGUAACUAUAAAUGUCUUAGCAAUUAAAGAGUGCAUGUUCAAGAUCACAGGUCUGUGGAGAUCUUCACAAUUUUUAUAAUGAAUGUCUAUAAUAAACGGCAUUGAUCACUUGCACCAUGUACUAUUAAUGUAAUAUAUUCUCAACUGCAAUCCAUGUUAUUUGGUUGUGCUAUUAGAAGAAGAACAGGGAUAACACAUUAAGUUGUAUAAAUAAACAAAAUAUCUGACAUUGUAUUCCCAUUUGUUGUGCUAUGAAAUGGUCUUCGGUGCAGUGAUACACAUUUACAGUGCCUUUCAGAGAGUAUUCACCCACAACCUUUUUCCACAUUUUGUUGUUACAGCCUGAAUUUAAAAUGAUUUAUAUUUUGUGUCACUGAUCUACACACAAUACCCCAUAACGGCAAAGUGGAAUUAUGUUUUUAGAAAUGUAUAAAAAAAAAAAUGAAAAGCUGAAAUGUCUUGAGUCAAUAAGUGAUCAACUCUUUUGUUGUGGCAAGGCUAAAUAACUUCAGGACUAAAAAUGUGCUUAACAAGUCACAUACGUUGCAUGGACUAUCACUGUGUGCAAUAAUGUUGUUUAAUAUGAAUGUUUUGGCUCGCAGCUGAUUUUAUUUGCCCCUCCCAAGUAAAUAAAAAAUAAAUAAGCUAAUCAGCUCCAAGUGAUUUUAAUUUUGGAAAUAUUUUUGAAAGUGUUCACACACAUACAGGCAGUUAACCCACUGUUCCUAGGCCGUCAUUGAAAAUAAGAAUUUGUUCUUAACUGACUUGCCUAGUUAAAUAAAGGUAAAAUAAAUUUAAAAAAUAAACAUAAUAGAGAGAUGUGAUCGUCUACAAAUGGAAGCAAGGUUUGAAUUGAUUAUGUUUUAGUCAAAUAUAUCCGUUUGGGUCUUCUUACGGCCAAUUUGCAAUCUCCAAAUUAUUUGUAAUUAUGUUCAGGCCCCCUGACCCCCUGACCAGGCCUGCAGCUGAAUGUUGUCGAUGAUCCCUGCUGUACAGAAUACACGUACUCAAACGCAGGCAUCCUGUUAGCAAUAAAGCAUCAAAAUAAUACUGCAAAAAAAUGUGGCAAGGACAUACAUUUUUCUGUCCUCAAUACAAAGCAUUAUGUUUGGGAAAAUCUAACACAGUACAUCACUGAGUACCACUCAUAUUUUCAAGCAGGAUGGUGCCCGCAUCAUGUUAUGGGUAGGCUUUCAUCGGCAAGGACUUCAGAGUUUUUUAGGAUAAAAAUCAAAGAAAUAGAGCUAUGCGCAGGCAAAGUCCUAGAGGAAAACCUGGUUCAGUCUGCUUUCCAACAGACACUGGGAGACAAAUCUACCUUUCAGCAGGACAAUAACCUAAAACGCAAGGCCAAAUAUACACUGGAGUUACUUACCAAGACAACAUUGAAUGUUCCUGAGUGGCCUAGUUAGUUUUGACCUAAAUCGUCUUGAAAAUCCAUGGCAACACUUAAAUGGCUAUCCAGCAAUGAUCAACAACCAACUUGACAGAGCUUGAAGAAUUGUUUUAAGAAUAAUGGACAAAUAUUGUAUGCUCCAGAUUUGCAGCAAUUUAAGAGACUUACCCAGAAAGACUCACAUCUGGGUUGAAUAUUUAUGUAAUGAAAAUAUAUUAGUGAUUUAUUUUCCAUUAAUUCAAAAAAAUAUUAGACAUUUUCUUCCACUUUGACAUUACAGAGUAUUAUGUAUAGGUCGUUUACAAAAAAAUGACAAUUAAAUCCAUUUUAAUCCCACGUAACACAACAAAAUGUGGAAAUAGUCAAGGGGUGUGAAUACUUUCUGAAAGCACUGUAGCUGACCACUCAACCAAAAACCAGACAUUGUUUUUCCA